AUGGGCCAUCGGGGAGAUGUUUAUGAACGAUAUUAUAUGCAAGCAUUCAUUGACACAGAUUGUCAAGCUAUUUACCUUGGAUCUACACGACGAGAAGAUCUAAUUCGAGCUGUUGGCCGACUAUCUCGUCACGAACGGGCCCCUUCAGACCUGACCGAUGCGCAGAAGUUUGAGAUUAGCCAAGAUCCCGAAAUUCUUCAACUUAUUCAGAAGCGUAAAGAGUCUGUUCUGAACAUCAAGUCACGCAGUUAUCCCACUAUCAGAGCAGCUGCGGAAACGAGAUGGUAUAGAAAACAUCAAGAAAUACAGACCGAAAUCAAUAAUUUGAAGAACCAAAAAAGCAAACAGUUGCUGGCUAAAACUAUCAAGGAGUUUCACAAGACUGUUCAUACUAUCGAGGUCGAUCGACAAUUGCAAGGAAUUCUUCCCGCCGAUAUCCUCACCCCUUCAACAAUUGAGUACGAGCUUGAGGAGCAAGCUACUAUAGCCAGAUUGCUCUUCGAACCACAUACAAGCCUUACAGAGGAUUAG